AUGGCGGGCUUUGGUAUACGUGCGAACUCCAAACCCCAACAUUUCUUGGCUGCUGCGUUUCAAAUCUAUGCCAUAAAGAUGGAUGUCCGGCAGAAGAUUUACGGGCUGCCGGAAUGGGUACUGCCAGCAGACCCGAUUCUUCAACAAAUGAUGGCUCAUACUGGCCAAAUGUGGUUUGCAGUUCAGGCCUCUGCUGCCUUCAAAACACCCCCCUCUCAGGUGUCAUCGAGCUCCGAAACCAAAUCAGCUUUGUCAGCUUCAUCAUCAACUUCAGCAAUUUCAUCCGCCACAUUAACCUCUACGCCUGCAUCUUCUUCGUCUGCCUCAUCAACUUCUACAACAACUUCUGCGAACACAGCGGCUCCUCAAGUAAGUCUGACUGCGGAACAGCACAACACUGUCCCUACCGGAGCAAUUGCUGAAGGGGCCCUCGCUGGUGGACCUGCCUUGAUUCUUAUCGCCAUACUUGCCAAUUCAUACCAUGAGCUACUGGAAGAGUUCUCGUCGAAAGAUUUGCGAUCAGUUGGGAACUAUACACUUGGGCGUUUAAUUGGGAAAGGAUCAUUUGGCAAGGUGUAUUUGGCAAAUCAUAAGCUCACGAAUGGUUCCAAAGUUGUUCUGAAAUCUGCGAACAAAGAUGACUCGAAUUUGGCCCGCGAAAUCCACCACCAUCGGCAAUUCCUACAUCCUCAUAUCGCCCGGCUAUACGAAGUUAUUGUAACGGAGAACUUGGUGUGGUUGGUGUUGGAAUACUGCCCAGGAGAUGAACUGUACAACUAUUUAUUGAAAAAUGGGCCGCUUCCGGUAGAGAAGGUGCAAAAGAUAUUUACACAAUUAGUCGGAGCAGUCUCAUACGUCCAUAACUCGUCCUGCGUUCACCGAGAUCUCAAGCUGGAAAAUAUCCUCCUCGACAAGCACGAAAAUGUUAAGCUGGUUGACUUCGGGUUUACAAGGGAAUAUGAGGGCAAGGCCAGCUAUCUCCAGACAUUCUGCGGUACUGUCUGUUACAGUGCCCCGGAAAUGCUGAAAGGAGAGAAAUAUGCCGGCGAGAAGGUUGAUGUUUGGAGUUUAGGGGUCAUUUUAUAUGCUCUUCUGUGCGGAGAGCUACCUUUCGACGACGACGAUGACAAUAUAACAAGGACCAAAAUUCUCAGUAGCGAACCAAAAUGGGCAGAGCACCUUACCCCAGAUGCCAUGUCUUUGUUGGGCCUCCUACUCUCGAAAAGGCCCCUUCUCCGCCCAGCAUUGUCGGAUAUCUUGACUCAUCCGUUCCUAGCUGAGCAUGCACCUCAGCAGCAAGCCAUCUUAAAGCUUCAACAGCCAGCACCUUUUGCGACGCCCCUGGAAAAAGAGACCUUGGAGCGAAUGCGUAGUGCUGGGGUCGAUAUUGACAAAGUGAUCGAGAACGUUUUGGCUCAGCGGUGUGAUGCUUUAGCUGGUUGGUGGUCUCUUCUGAUUGAGAAGGAGGAGCGAAAACAAGCUCGCAGGGAACGAAAACGCAGAGAAAGAGAAGCGGAAAUUAGAGCUUCACGGAGAUUGAGUGGUGCCAGUAGCCGGCUGGAGAGGCUGGCGCCUACGUUGCAGGGUGUUGACGAAGAAGGUCAGAUGAUCAAGUUGUCUGAUCCGCCUAGGAGUAGAGGAAGAAAAGACAGACGUAGUGCGCAUUACCCGGAACUUGUACUUACAGAUCUUCCUGGAUUACCCGAACAUUCGCAGCUAGACUCACCAGGCAUUAGGACGCCUCCUCCGCCGAUAGAAAAAGAUUCGAUACGUUCAGCAAGCUCGUCGCGACAUCGACGGCCUAUCCCCCCACCGAAAGAGGGAACUCUUCGUGGAGCUAGGUCACGGGGAAGUACGCUUCAAUUAGUCACAUCCAACCCUGACUUAUUAUCUCCACAUACCAAUGGUACAGUAAUAAGACCUCAGCGGAGGAGGCACCAGCAUGCUUUCAUUAAUCAGCUGGCUCAUUGGAAACAUUGGAUCUUGGAUAAUGCCAAACGUGCAAAGUCUCCUGGGAAGAAAACGAGUCGUUCAACACCAGACCUUACUCACAAGUCAAACGGCAGCUCGAGAACGGGCACCAAAGAUCCCAGUCCUCGACCUGCGACCUCAAAAACUCCACCUAGACCCUUGCUACAACCUGGACCACAAUCGCAGCCCGUGUUGAAUCGAACAUAUGUCACGCCCACAAAUAAACGACACUCCGUAUCCCCCGCGCCCCAAACCCCACGCUCCACCUUCCGUCGCUCCAGCACCGGCCUGCGCGGCAGAAAAUCAACCUCCUCAUCCGUCUCCUCGGUCCGUACCAUCCACCACCACCAUCAUUCGCACUCCAAAGCCUCAUCCACCUCCUCCAACGGCUCGGGCUCCAUGUCCAAAGUCUCCCUACCCACCCGCAGUCCGCACCACUCCGUCAAAGUCCUCCCCGCCACGCCCACCACCAGCGCCUUCCCCACCAACAUCCGCGUCGUGCGCCAACCCCCAAUAUCCACUUUCAACGAAGGUAUAUCGUGGGGUAACAACGGCCCCUCUUCAAACGGCUUAGUCUUCGCUAAGCGCAAGAAAAACCUCUUCAAAGGCCCCUCGCUUAACACCUCUUCCCCGACCCCUGAGCGUAGCAGAACUGGCAGCCACAGUCGCAGCGCUAGUCAGGUGGGCAGGAGGAGCGGCGAGAUUAUCGAAGAGGAGGACGAGGAUGACAUUGAAGAGGUUGAGGCCUUUUCUCCGCUCACUGGGCCCGGGGAGGUGGAAGAGGCGAUUUUUACGCCGGGGGAAGACACCACCAUCGGUGAGACGCCGAAAGUUGAAUCGAGUAAUUAA